AUGGAGACGUUUGGUCCGCACCAGCAAUCGAAGCAGUUUGUUUUGUGUUUUGAUGGGACGGGGAACAAGUUUGCUGGUGACGCUUCCGAUACGAAUCUCGUGAAGAUUUAUCGCAUGCUCGAUCGGAGCCAGAGUCACCAGUACCAUUACUACCAGCCCGGCAUAGGAACAUACGUGACGUCGCAUUCGCUCGGAAGUAAAGGCAGAUUAGAGCGGAUCAAAUCAGCCUACAAAAAAGCCAAAGAUGCCGCGCUGGGCUCAUCCUUCGACGAACACGUGCUGGGAGGAUACAAAUUCCUUAUGCGAUACUACGCUCCCGGCGACGACAUCUACUUCUUCGGCUUCAGUCGGGGAUCCUACACAGCCAGAUUCCUAGCAGAGAUGCUCGACUACAUCGGUCUACUGCAACGCGGCAACGAAGAGCUUAUUCGCUUUGCUUGGAAAACAUUUGCAAAGUGGCAACAUCGACGUGAUGCUACACAACAUGAUCAUGAAGAAAGGCAUAAACUUUUCAAAUUCAUGAAGGCUUUUCGGGAGACGUUUAGUCGGCCUGUCAGUCGGAUUAAGUUCAUGGGGCUCUUUGAUACGGUUAACAGUGUUCCGAUGUUUGAGAAUGCUUGGAUGGAGAGGAGCAAGUUUCCGUACACGGCGCAGACUACGGCGAGAGUUAUUCGCCAUGCGGUUUCUAUCGAUGAGCGUCGUGCCAAGUUCAGACAAGACUUGAUCUCGGAGGUUAAGCCUCUUGUGAAUACCCAUCCGCAUAUGCACAAGUUGAGACACUUGUUGUCGCGGGAGGAUGGUGAGAAAGCGAAUGUCCCGGAGAUUGUAGAGCCGGUCAACAACAAUGAAUCGAGGAAAGCGCGUCGAGCAUCUCGACAAGAGACCUAUGGUGAAGAAAUGCGAUACCGCGCACCAUCGCCAUCGCCGUCACUAACGCCAAUUCGGAGACCUAGCGCGGUCGACAUACCGACCCACAACGGCCUUUUGACUGAUAGAAUCUCACUCAAGAGCGCAGUCUCCGGGAAUUCUCUCCGCGUCCCCAAUUUGGACAUACCAGGCCACGAAGAGGACGAGCAUAAGCAAGACACUUCAGAGGUCUGGUUCCCCGGGCAGCACGGAGAUGUCGGCGGAGGCUGGAAACUCAACCCGAACGACCCAACCCCUCUCAGCCACGUUCCUCUAGUCUGGAUGGUAAAAGAAGCGCAAAUAGUCGGACUCGAAUUCGACCCCGAAAAGCUCAAGCGCUUCAACUGCUACGAAGCACCUUCCUACGAGAACGCGCCUGUCAGAGAACCCACCAUCACAAACAGCACCAGCACUUACCCUAGCCAGGAAACCGAUCAAGACCCAUUCCAAGAAACCCUCACCCGCACAAUGGACACCGGCAUCGCACACGACUGCCUAACAUACGGUGGUGGCCUCUCGUUCUUUUCAACAUUCUCCUGGCGAUUAAUGGAGUACAUGCCCUUCCGCAGAAUGGAUCUGCAAGCCGACGGAUCAUGGAAACCAAUUCGCUGGCCUCUGCCUUGUGGCGAAGUGCGCGAUAUCCCAGAAAACGCACAGAUCCAUAUUUGUGCUAUUCAUCGCAUGCAGAUAGAUCCGAACUACCGACCUGGGAAUCUGAUCAUUGGUGGUGGUGGAAGAGGUGUGAAGAGGGCGCCGGAGAGGUAUGGGAUUGGGGAAUGGGAGGUUUGUAUGCAUGAGGGGGAUCUUGUGAGACAAACGUAUGUGAGAAAGAAGGUUGAGAGUUCUUGUCUUGAUUCUUCUCAUGUGGAUGCUUGA